AUGGAUAAUGCUCUAACUCUAGUCCAAACCAUAAGGAAUGCCCUAGAAACUUUACCCCACACGAGCGCUUCGGCUUCCAUUUACAAGGUCCCGAAGGAACUCCGAGCGGGGAAUGAGGACUACUUCACUCCGAAAACGGUAUCCAUUGGUCCCUUCCAUGCAAACUCUCCAAGCCUUGUUGCCUCCAAAGAUGUCAAAAUUCGAUAUUUGAAUUCCUUCCUUUCCCGGCUCCCUCAAGGCGUGACCUUGGAACACAUUGUCGAUGUGUUGCAAGGCUUGGAGAAACGUGCCCGAGGUUAUUACGCCGAAAAGAUCUCAUUAAUUCAUGACGAUUUUAUAAGGCUCAUGUUAAUCGAUGGAUGCUUCAUCCUCCAAUUACUAUGGAGACAUGAAAAUAAGCAUACGGUUGAUCAAGGCGACCCGAUAUUCCAUAGAGGGAGGGCUAAAUGGGCUAUGUUGUAUAACUUGCAACAAGAUCUAUUAUUGCUAGAAAAUCAACUUCCAUUCUUUGUUCUUUCUUCUCUACACAAGUUAGUCUUCGUUCAACAAGGCGAUUCUCAUCAGGCUUUGGCCGAUUCUGUCUUCAACUUUUUCGACAGCAUAGCUCCGAUUGAAAAGCUCAAUUGUCGCUCCAUAACUAACCUGGAGCCUAAACAUCUCCUCGACUUGGUCAUGUUCUCCUUGUUCCCUCGACCACCUAAACCCAAAGCCUUGCAUGGAGAAAACCAUCUCGAGAAUUCUGUGGACGUUAGAGCCUUAGUAAAAGGAGAGCUAUAUCCAGAGAAUUUUGUAGACGUAAGGAGUGCAUCAGAGCUAGAGCUCUCUGGAGUUAAAUUCACCAAGUGUAGUAAGAAACCGAGUUACUUGACAGAUAUAACGUUUCGCGAUGGGGUUUUGUCGGUCCCAACCGUGGUCCUUCUUGACUCGACGACCUCCUUAUUCUGGAAUCUAUUGGCGUUGGAGCAGUGCUCUGAUUUUAAGGAAUACGGGUGUGUGUUCAUAUCCUACAUUAGUUUCAUGGACAAUCUCAUACGCAAUAAUAAGGACGUGGAGAUAUUCACGAGGAACGACAUGUUUUUGUCCUGGGUAAACGAUGACAAGGAGUUUCUCUUGCUCUUUAACCGUCUGGCUUUGGCCGCCGACAUGGAUGGCGUAAACGAAUUCUCAAAUAUUUCUCAUCAACUCGAAAGAUACUGCCGAAGCAACAUCCAUCCACUUCGAGCUUAUAUAGUGCGCAACUAUUUUGAGGUGAGAUGGGAUUUGAUGAACACGGUGAUGCUGUUUAUUUUUACAGUUACACAGACUGUUUUCGCCAUCCUUGACUAUAAUCGAAAAGGUAAAAAAUGA